UGCCUUAUCCAAGAAUGUGUGGUAUCGAAAUUCAGUUCUUGAGUUACAAAGAUAACUAAAUGACCAUGGAAUCUGGGGCAGAGAAUCAGCAGAGCGGAGAUGCAGCUGUUACAGAGGCAGAAAACCAACAGAUGACAGUACAGGCACAGCCGCAAAUUGCAACGUUAGCCCAGGUGUCUAUGCCAGCAGCUCAUGCAACAUCUUCUGCUCCCACGGUGACCUUAGUACAGUUGCCCAACGGGCAGACGGUUCAAGUCCAUGGCGUUAUUCAGGCUGCCCAGCAGUCAGUUAUUCAGUCUCCACAAGUCCAGACAGUUCAGAUCUCCACUAUUGCAGAAAGUGAAGAUUCACAAGAAUCUGUAGACAGUGUCACAGAUUCCCAGAAACGUAGAGAAAUCCUUUCCAGGCGACCCUCCUACAGAAAAAUCUUGAACGACUUGUCCUCGGACGCCCCGGGAGUGCCACGGAUUGAAGAAGAAAAAUCCGAAGAGGAAGCGGCAGCACCUGCCAUCGCUACCGUGACGGUGCCAACCCCAAUUUACCAGACGAGCAGCGGGCAAUACAUUGCUAUCACACAGGGAGGUGCAAUACAGUUAGCGAACAACGGCACAGACGGAGUGCAGGGCCUGCAGACGCUGACCAUCCCCAACGCUGCUGCCACCCAGCCCGGUACCACCAUUUUACAGUAUGCACAGACCACGGACGGGCAGCAGAUCCUCGUGCCCAGCAACCAAGUUGUCGUUCAAGCGGCCUCAGGAGAUGUCCAGACCUACCAAAUCCGCACAGCGCCCACCAGCACCAUCGCACCUGGUGUGGUUAUGGCAUCCUCACCCGCACUUCCCACUCAGCCAGCAGAGGAAGCAGCACGAAAGAGGGAAGUCCGUCUAAUGAAGAACAGGGAGGCAGCACGCGAGUGCCGCCGGAAGAAAAAGGAAUACGUCAAGUGUCUAGAAAACAGAGUGGCUGUGCUUGAAAACCAAAACAAGACAUUGAUUGAAGAGCUAAAAGCACUUAAGGACCUCUAUUGCCACAAAUCGGAUUAAUUUUAGAUUCCCAUCUUUGGUUUGUUAACAUGGGACAGAGACUGGUUUGGCGACAGCCAGAAAGACAAAAGCAAACUGUUUAUUUUGUAAACAUUUCUUUUUUUUUCUACGCGCAAAACUGCCUGAGAGCAACUGCAGAAUUUAAUUCGUCUGUGCUUUGCAUUAAACUGUGAAUGUUGAAAUCACCUGCCUCCGCUACUCCCCCUUCCCCGUUCUCCCUGCAAAAUUAUUUUCAUCCCAGCCUGCCCCGAGUGUGAAGAACAAGAACAGACGUCCUCACCUCCCAGCCUCUUCAAGGAGUAAAUCAUGUUCUCUUGUGAAGGUAUUGUGGGAAAGUGAUGUUUGUCACCAGCGUUUCAGGAGCUAGUGCUAAACUUGCCGGAAUAUCAGUCGCCCCGGCCUCUGUCCGGAAGUAUCCUUUGGGCACCCCACUCCCGAGCCGAACCAAGGUAUGACACUCCUCCAAGGAAACAGUGGUUGCCAAAUGGUUGCAAGGUUUCAAAUAUCCAUUCUCAAACUGCUGUAUGGUAGGAUGAUGCCAAAGGACAUGCACU